CGGCCGUCUCGCCCGGACGCCGCGCCAGCCUCCCGAGCGCCGCGUCACGCAGGAUAGGCCUACGUCGAAAUUCGAAAAUCCUAAAAAAUCCGAACGAACGAUUUUCUGAAACCUGAGAAGUUGGAAGAAGAAAGAGGAGAAUAAUAAAGAUAGGUAAUGAUGAUUUUGAUGAUAAAUGGAAAGGAAUGAGAGGUAAGGAUGAAGUGAAAAGGGAAGUGUAAGAAGAAAAAAAAUAGUGUUCGCUUUUUUUAUUGAAGGAGAAAAAGAGAGAUAGAAAGAAAGAAAAAAAGUUAUUGAAAGACGGACCAUAGAAUCCACGAAAAGUUAUGCUGUGUUUACCAAUACAGUGAGUGUUUAAAAGUGUCAUAAAACCUCAAGAAAAAAAAAAAAACAUUCAAUCAAAAACAUAAAAAAACAAUAACACUUAACUCUGAAAAAAAUAGUCCCGUUUCCCUAUAUGAGUGUUUAAAAAAAAGUGUUGCUUUUGUGAAGAUCGAGGAAAUCCACGUCUCAGCAUGUGUGGGCGUGGUCUGUGGUCGGCGUGGGCGGUUUGCUUCGUGGUCCUCCUGAUCCAUCUGCCGCCCACCAACCAGCUGCCCUACGUUAUUAACAUAGGAGGUCUCUUCGACGUCGGCGACCAGAAGCAGACCCUCGCCUUCCGCUACGCCGUCGAGAGCGUCAACCACGACCACGGACUCCGUAAGACUUCGCUCCGGCCGAUCAUCGAGACGAUUCCUCCGUACGACUCCUUCUACGCGUCGAAGAGAGUAUGCUACCUCGUGCGCGCGGGCGUGGCGGCGAUCUUCGGUCCCCAGUCAGGCCAGACCUCCGCCCACGUCCAGAGUAUCUGCGACGCCCUCGAAAUCCCCCACAUCGAGACGCGUUGGGAUUACCGGCUGAGGCGCGAGGAUUACUCGGUCAAUCUGUAUCCUCAUCCGUCUUCGUUGAGUAAGGCCUACCUUGACCUCGUCCGUCUCUUCGGCUGGAAGUCCUUCUGCAUCCUGUACGAGGACAACGAAGGCCUCGUCCGCCUGCAGGAGCUCCUGAAGACGCCGCCGCCCAACGAGUUCAAGGUCACCAUCAGGCAGCUCCCCAGAGACGAUGACUACAGACCCAUCCUCAGGGAAGUGAAGAACAGCCUUGAACAGAACAUCAUCUUAGACUGCAAGACAGAGAAGGUCGGUCAGGUGCUGAAACAGGCCCAGCAAAUAGGCCUUAUGUCGUCUCUGCAUAAUUACAUCAUAACUUCGCUUGACUUGCACCUCGUGGACUUGGACGACUUCAAAUACAGCGGCUCCAACAUCACAGCUGUUCGCCUGGUGGACCCCGACAGCGAGGAGGUGAAGCGACUGAUGGAGGACUGGGAACGAAGGAGUCCUCAGUACCUGCAAACUACUGAAGGGGAUGAUAUUAUUCUGAAGCAACAACUGGGAGUCGACUUCUGGACGACGGAAACGGCCCUAAUCUACGACGCCGUGAGAUUAUUCGUGCAGGCACUUCAAGCGCUUGAUAAUUCGACGUUCGUGCAGGUUGCGCCGCUCAUUUGCGAGGGAGAAGAAGCCUGGAUCCACGGUAAUUCACUCAUCAAUUAUAUGAAAAUGGUUUACUUCACUGGCCUCACGGGCUUCAUAAAAUUCGAUGCCCUAGGAUUUCGCACCGAUUUUGCCCUUGACAUUGUGGAACUUGGCAUGCAAAAUCUCACUAAGGCCGGCACGUGGAGACUGGACACGGGCGCCAACUACACGAGGACCUUCCAGGAGACGCUGAAGAAGGUGGUCGACGGAUUGCAGAACAAGACCCUCGUCGUGUCCGUGGCCUUUAACGACCCCUACAUCAUGCAGAAGGAAAACGCGGACGACCUCGCCGGCAACGACCGCUUCGAGGGCUUCUGCAUCGACCUGCUGACGGAGAUCGCCAGCAUCCUCAAGUUCAACUUCACCGUCGUCCCCGUCGCGUCCAACGCCUACGGCUCCAAGAACGCGGAGACGGGAGAGUGGAACGGCAUGAUUAGGGAACUGCUCGAGCAUCGCGCAGACAUGGCCAUUACGGACUUAACCAUCAACUACGAACGCGAGCAAGUGGUCGACUUCACGAUGCCGUUCAUGAACCUCGGGAUUUCCAUUCUGUACAAGAAACCCCAGAAGAUGGCGCCUUCCCUCUUCUCCUUCCUGUCGCCUCUUUCCCUCGAGGUCUGGAUUUACAUGAUCACUGCUUACGUCGGCGUCUCCAUCCUCAUGUAUAUUCUUGCCAGGUGA